UGUUAUUGUUCAUGUUUACAUUUCUUGUCAUUUUUUAUGCAAGUAUGUCAACGAAAAAAACUGUAGAAUUGUUUUAUGAUGUACUCUCUCCAUAUUCCUGGAUUGCUUUUGAGGUAGUACUGUAAAAGUUAACUGGAGGGCAAUGGGUCAUGAGUGAGGAGGGUAACAGUUCCCCAUGGGUGAGAUUUUAUAGCCGUGGGUGGGAGGCAUUGAAAUGUACAAGCCACUUAUUCAUUAAAUCAACUGUAAAAAUAUAAAGCCUGAUUUAGUUAGCUCAAGUCAUUGCUAGUUUUACAAGUGUAAGCAUGUAUGCCUAACCAGGAUUAUGUUAUGUUAGUUUAACCCAUUGAGUGGAAUGAGCUAGCAUAAGAUAUGAGUGCCACACAUUAGAGGCAUGUUUUAAUACAUGUACUUGCAAAAACUUUCAGGUUACUCAAGACUUCCAGGUGACUCAGGGUUAUAGUUUUCAUAGCUACCAAGUCUCGUGCAUUAUGCAUGUGACACACACCUCAGCAUAUUUUCUCACGCUCCCACACACAGUAUUAUGUAUCUCAUGCAUAAGCAGUGCUUUGGCCGCUUUAUGCAGCAAAUCAUGAACAAACCAUGCCUUGGGAAUGAAACACUGGAAAUUCGAUAUCAGAGACCCAAAUUUUAAAAAUUUUCAGUGGGGAGGCAUCCCCCCCCCCAUUAGAUUGCAUCCGUGGGUGGUGGCUCACACAUGCGGAUCACUCCACCUUGGCAGCUAUGAAGCAUGCAUGAGCAAUUACAUGUAACCACCCCAUCAACACAACAAAUCCUAGAUAUGCUGAUGACCCUAAAUUUUAUAUCCAGGUGCUGUUGCGUUGCCGUCCUGUGUGGAACAUAAAUGUAGACCUUCAACCAGUACUAUUGGCUGGGAUCAUGAAAGCAACUGGUAAAUAGCUUUGAAUUACAAUAAAUUGUUACAUUGGGUCAUUCCAAUUCCCUCUGUUGAAAAGGUGUGGAUAUUUUGUGGAGUGACCAAUGCAUUGUCAAUAUAUAGGCUUUUAAGCCACGUUUUUUAGUAUAACCCAUUUAAGCCACUCAAAUGCAGCAUGCAUCCUACUUUAGUAUUUUAGUCUGUCUAACAUACGCCAGACGCAUCAAGAGGCAUCUAGCUUGCAUGCAUACUAAUAAUAGUUAGCAAAAUAAAGUCUUUGGUGAUCAUUCUGUCAACAUUUUCUAUAGAUAACACUCCACCAGGCUUAAACCCCACCAAAGGAAUGCACCUUGUGAAAGAUGUUAAACGUUCAUUUGAGUUCCACAAACUUGGACCAGUGAAAUUUCCAGAAGUAGGUUGAAUAUAAUCUUGUAUAAUUUUGGAGGAAAUGCAUGGUUGUUAUAAAUUAUAUCAUGAUUUUGUUUAUUUUAGGACCCAUUGAAUGUAAUGAUGAUAAAAGGUUUGUGGCGAAAGUUUAUUUUCAUAUUUAAAUUUCAAUAAUUAUUUUCAUAUUUAAAUUUCAAUAAUCAUUUUACAGAAAUAGACUGCAGACUAAAAAUUUGACAGAUUUUAAAACUGAGCUAUGUUUCUGGUUCAGGUUCACUGCCAACAAUGAGGUUGUUAACUGCUGCAAAGAUUUUGCAUGCUGACAAACUAGAAAACCUUUCCAGAGAGUUUUGGACAAGAAUAUUCAGAACUGUAAGAUCAUUCAUACUUUUGAGGGCUUAUAAUAUUUGAGAAGCAUGCAUGGGUACAGGAUUAAUGAAAAUCUUUCUCUGCUUAUAGGGUGAAGACCACGUGUCACCCAAGAGCAUCGUUGAGGUAUGGUUCCAAAAUUUGGUUUGAAUACCAAUGUACAAUGUUCUUCACAAAACAUAGCAUAUGUCACAAAUGUGUUAAUUGUAUUAAUUCAUGGAAAAUAAACCAGACUAGAAUAAAUGUAUUAUUUACUCUUACAGGUUUGCACCAAGAUUGGUUUUAGUGUUGCAGAGUCAGAGCAAUUACUUGAACAGUCAAACACACUAACUGUUAAGGAAAAGCUCAAAGAAACCACUCAGAGGGCACUUGACCAUGGGGUAUGCUGCUUACAUUUUUGAAAACUCUGUAUCAGAUAUCCUGCAUGUUUAGUUCAAAUCAAUAUGCUCCUACUGGUUCCCUUUCCAAUAAAUCCUCCCCAAAAAUAAAUAUGCCCUUUGGGAGAUUGGAGCCUAAUAUCAUAUUAACAGUAUUUAAUUAUAGACUUAAUAAUUGGGAUAUGCAGUUGAGUUUGGAUUGAAUCAGAAACAAGCAUUAUUGCUGUUGGUCUUUCCUUUUCUAGGCAUUUGGUGCCCCAAUAUUUCUAGUUGAAAAUCAAGAAGGCAAGAAACAGAUGUUUUUUGGUUCUGAUCGUUUUCAUCAUAUUGCACAUUGUCUUGGUAUGAAAAAUCCUGCCACAUUUCUACAAAAUAUUAAUUACAGUAACGAUUACUAUGCAAUAUGUCAUGAUCAUGCACAUGCAGGACACUAACUUAUCAUAUAAUUCAAAGUUGUUUUUUUUCUUUCUAUAGGUGUUCAGUGGCCCAUUGCGGAUUCCAACAGCAAACUAUAGUUUUAUUAUGUGCUGUUCCUUAUGUGCCCCUAUAAACCAGAAGGAAUAUGUUUGUCAAAUAUAUAUUCUAGUAAUUGUUUAAAAUUAAUAAAACAUAAAUAUAGUAUUUUGCAGUUUAAAAUAUAUUAACCUUGCAUGCAUUUAUUGGCUAAAAAUGGGAUGCUUGCACAACAAAAGAUCAAAAUUUCCACCAUGAUUCAACUUUCCAUGUUCCAUUGAUACAAAUGCAAGGCUGCCUUAUUGAAUGGAAAAAUGUUUCCAAUACUUUCUUUACAUUUUGAGGGCACUUCGUUUUAACUUCCAUAAAGAAACAAUCUUUGCCUGGAAAUAUGUCAUCAACUCUAAAAUACUUUUUUUCAUAACCCUCGUAAGCGAAGUUUCCUUCAACUUUGAGGCCAAAAAUAUCGACAAAGUCAAAGCCCUUAAUGAGGCGUGCUAUAGGUCCAAUAAACGAGCAGUGAUCAGGUUGGCCAAUGACUACCUAGUAGUUAGAAAUAAGUGGAAUUAAUGCUUGUAC